GAAUUACUUGAUAUCAAUUAAUUAUUUGAAGUGUCUACAAGGUUAUGAUGCAAACACCCAAAAGAACAAGCAAAAGGACUUUGAAUGGUAUGCCAUUGGAGUCAACGAGAAAAAUUAGUGUACAAACAGUGAAUUAUCAAGUCCAAAAGAAAAUAACGAAAGUGAACCAUCAGGUUUCUUUUUAUUCUUCAAGUCUAACUAGCCAAAACAUCUUAAAGGAAAAAACAGAGGAUUAUCCACUGUAUGUUGUAGUGCUGGAGAAGAGUCUAUCUUUCGCUCUGUCGCCAUGUUCAGGGUCCUUUUUUCUGCAAGUUAUCCAGUCCUUCCUUUUUUCUUUCUAUUUUCUGUAACUUGCUGGGCUGAGAAAAACCAGUAUCUCUGUGAUAUUCCACUUUCCUGUGGCAAUUUCCAGAGCAUUUCCUACCCCUUUGGAUUAAAAGGGGGUCCAAAAAAUUGUGGCGACCCUAACUAUCUUCUGACUUGUGAGAACAAUAAGACGAUAUUGUACUGGCAUUCAGCAAAAUACUUGGUGCAGGAAAUCAAUCGCCAGAAGGAGACCAUCCGUGUUGUCGAUGUUGCCUUGCAAGAGAAUAUUUGCUCUUUUCUCCCUCUUUCUCCUUUACCAUUUGGCGGCCCUGGUGAUAAUCAAUAUGAAUAUUAUUGGAGGUUGGGUGAAAGAAUUAGGUUUAUGAGUUGUGAGAAUCCAGUUAAUUUCUCCCCCUAUGUCGAGACAGGGCCUUGUCUUAGUAGAAUUCAUGGCUCAAAGUAUGCUCUAUUUGGGAAUGUGGAGGUGUCAGAGAUUCCAGAUAUGUGCAGGGUAGACUGGGAAGCCAUGGUUUCAUCAAUCAAGUGCAGGAUGAACAACUGUUCCUAUUUGGAUAUUUACGAGGGAAUGCUAAAUGGAUUUGAGCUUUCAUGGUCUUUCAUCCGUUGCGAACAGUGCAAAGGGCGAGGCUACUGCCGGUUUAAAGAUGAGUAUGAUUAUUCAAAGGUCGUGGGCUGCUCUAAUGACUUCGCAUAUGAAUAUCCAAUGUGGUUACUGACGGGACUUAGUUUAAUGAUGCAACUGGCAAUACUAGUGGGAGCAAGAUGUGUAUUGGGCACACCAUGUGUUAUUGCCUUUUUGGCAUAUAAAUGGCGAAGAAGACAUUUAUCGAUGUACGAUAAAGUUGAAGCUUUCCUAAGAAGUCACAACAAUCUCAUGCCUAUCAUGUAUUCUUACUCGGACAUCAAGAAGAUCACUCGAGGUUUCAAGGACAAAUUAGGUGAGGGAGGCUUUGGUUCAGUAUACAAAGGAAAACUUUCAAGCGGCCGAAUUGUGGCGGUAAAGAUAUUGAGCAAGCCUAAGUCCGACGGGCAAGAUUUUAUCAAUGAGGUUGCAACAAUUGGAAGGAUUCAUCAUGUCAAUGUGGUGCAACUUAUUGGUUUUUGUGCUGAGAGAUCGAAGCGUGCGCUUGUAUAUGAUUUCAUGCCUAAUGGGUCUCUUGAAAAAUACAUCUUUUCAGAAAAUGGAGAUGUUCCUUUGAGCUGUGAACAAAUGUACAAGAUUUCUCUCGGCACAGCUCGUGGAAUUGAAUAUCUCCACAGAGGUUGUGACAUGCAAAUCUUGCAUUUUGAUAUCAAGCCUCACAAUAUUCUUCUUGAUGAAAAUUUUGCUCCGAAAGUCUCAGAUUUUGGACUUGCAAAACUGUAUCCAAUAGAAGGUAGCAUAGUUUCUCUCACAGCACCAAGAGGAACAAUGGGUUACAUGGCUCCAGAACUGUUCUACAAGAACAUUGGAGGAAUAUCUUAUAAAGCUGAUGUUUAUAGCUUUGGAAUGUUAUUGAUGGAAAUGGCAGGUAGAAGGAAGAAUUUGAAUGCAUUUGCUGAGCAUUCAAGCCAAAUUUACUUCCCUUCAUGGGUUUACGAGCAACUCAAUGCAGGCAACGAGAUAGAAAUCGAAAAUGCAACAGAGGAAAGGAAAAUAACAAAAAAGAUGAUGAUUAUUGCAUUAUGUUGUAUACAAAUGAAGCCUGGCGAUCGUCCCUCGAUGAACAGAGUUGUAGAGAUGCUUGAAGGAGAAGUUGAAUCUCUCCAGAUGCCUCCAAAGCCUUUUCUAUCUCCACAAGAGCUGCGUCAACUGGAAGCUGGAAUCAACAAGAAAGCAACAGUAUUGCCGACUCCACCAAAUGGUAGUACAGAUUCUGCAACUUCGGUUGUUAGUUCUACCUGAAUGAUCAUAUACCAAUGAAGUACCACUAUUAUUAGGCCAAGUUAAUAUAGAAUUAGACAGCUAUUCUAUUUCCUGCAUUUACACAAGCCAUGAAUCUGUUGCGUGUUAGCGUACACUAUUGUAAUAUUUGCACCUAUUGUCUCUACAGUUCUGAUAAAAGAGUAAAAGACUAGCGUAAAAGUAGAUUUCAAGUAGUUUGUUA